CGAUGAUAUUAUGAUCGGGAGAAAAAAUAAUACACUUUUUGCGUGUACGACCGCAACUACUCAGUUAUAUUAUAUCGCAUUACUUAACCUAUAAGUGCACGUAACACAAUAUGCUCUGCAGUGGAUCACGUAUAGUAUAACAAUAUAAUUGCAAAAGCUAUUUAGAGAGAAUUCGUCCCGAAUUACAAAUUUGGUGAAGUGCUUGUACAUAAAUCUGUUUCGAAUACUUUGUAUAAAUAGUACAUUAUAUAGGUAUACCGGACUACAGUGAAAUGGAGUGCUCACGACUACGAUUACUGUCGUCCUCGGUGGGGUUGGCUGUGGUCGCGAUGACGGCACUACUCCCUUACGAUACCACAGCCGCGUUGAUAGACCUGUGUCACGGUUACCGGUAUGGUGUGACAACAUGCUGGGACCCGACACAACGAUUCGACAUUUUCGACGUGCACACGGGAUCGGGACCGAACGGAGUGUACACCACGGAGAGCUUCUCGACGCCCGAACACUGCGGCACUCAUCUGGACUCGCCAUUUCACUUUAAUCCAGUCGGAUGGAAACUGGAAGACAUCCCGCUGGACCGAAUGGUGGUCGAAGGCGUACACGUGAACGUAAGUAGCGAAGUCAACGGAAACGGCGACUUUUUACUGACCGUCGGUCAUUUGAAAGCUUGGGAACAGGCCCACGGCCCGCUGCCCAAUCGAUCCGUGAUAUUGGUGAACUUCGGUUGGGCUCACAAGUUCGGUAAUCGCCAGUCGUACUUCAACGGACUACGCGAACCAUAUAGGUUUCCCGGACUGUCCAGAGACGCGGCCCAGUGGAUCGUCGAUUCCGGCAAGGUGUACGGCGUCGGGGUGGAUGGUCCGAGCGUGGACCCUGGACGGUCGACGACGUACGGCGUGCACGGGGUGCUAUCCAAAGCCAAUCUGUACAACCUAGAAAAUGUGGCAUUGAACGGCACGACGCUGCCGCCGAGAGGGUUCAAGCUGGUCGUCCAACCGGUCAAGAUCGUCGGCGGCACCGGUGGCCCGGUCAGGAUAUUGGCUUUCACGAACGACCCGUUCAAAUUAUUAUGAUCGCGACCAGCAACGGCGCCGAUUUUUGAUUUUUUUUUUUCCCCCUCACCGUUCCGUCCGCGACAACUGCACUGCACGACUAUGAUAUAAUAUGGAGGCGGACUUGGCCGACGGGAUACCCGGUGGCGCCCGCUCCUCGAAAAUAUAUCUUGUUACACUACUAAAUACACACCUAAAUAUAAUGAAAAAUAAGAAUAAAUGUAAAUUAUAAAUA